AAAAGAACAUCAUUUUAACUUUGAAACAUGACACAUCAAGGAAUAAGGAAAUAUACUUAAAUAUGCCACCUUUAUUUUCUGAAAGAGUUCAUUAUUGCGCACUCUUAAUCUCUCAUUAAAACACAGGCUACAAGUUUUUUUUCUUCUUCUCUGAUCAGUUAAAUUUUAUGGAAUAGACUCUGAUGUGAAAGAAAGACGAAGUCACAGCGUUUUUUCAACAGGGAGGAGGCUUACAGGAAGGUCUCUGAGUCACAACUUAUCACAGAGCGUCCAGCCUCCGGGCGCACUCCAGUCUCUGCUGUGCGCUUCGCACUUCAGAAAAUGGAAAAUAAAAUAAACGGACGGAUGAGCACUAUCAGUACUCCGACCGCUGAUUCUACCGACACAAGAGUAAGUGACUUGAUUGAAGCUGGGUUCAGUAAAACUAAAUUACCUGACGACUCACAGUCCCUAACUUGCAUGUCCUCCUCCGUGCGUAAUUUUGGACACACUGGCACACUGAUCCACGGUAUGCAUCCAAGCGGCGACGGCUCAGUUUUCAAGGACUGUAACAUACUCGACAGUCCACUUGCCACAAAACACUUCUAUGACCGUAGCAAUGAAUAUCUGAAGUGUGACAGUGUGCCGUGGGAAGAUUUUGUAAAAGUUCAGAGAACGAAUGUGGCCACAUCCGAAAGUUUGCCAGGCGCAAGCGUGAGCCUCUCCUCGACAACCGGAGCCUGCAAGUUCAUCAAAGACGAAAAGCAGCCUUCUGUGAUCAUGGACACCCCUUGUCCCAACUUUGAUCCAUCAUCGGAGAUGUCUGCCCUCGACACCUGCUGUGACACCGAAAGGAAGCAGCAGCUGGGGCUUGGAGACGGGGAGUCGACAAGCUUCAGAGCAGCCACGGCGGGUACUCGGCCGGGGCUGGAGGGAUCUCCAAACUUUCUGAUUGACCUGAACCAGACAGAGCAGCUGCCGGCGCUGAGCCAGGUGAGGACUGACUCCAGGUGUAGUUUGUCCGGGAAGGCUGUCGUCAACUUCGAUGCUCACCCUCACGCAGCCUCGCAGCAGACCGUGUACAAGAACGAGAUUCCCCGUUGGCAGAUGCAGACGUCCCUGGCUGAGCCUCAGUACUGGUGCCAGUCCGCAGGGGUGACCGAGGACCCGUUCGCCCACAGCGGCUAUGAGGUGAUCCAGAAUCAGGCCCUGUCUCAGAGGAACCCUUCACCUUUCUCUGCAUACCCCGGGAUGCCACCUCAGAGACUGUGUGUGAUCUGUGGUGAUGAGGCAUCUGGUUGCCACUAUGGAGUCUUGACCUGUGGGAGUUGUAAAGUCUUUUUUAAAAGAGCAGUUGAAGGCCAUCAUAGUUAUCUCUGCGCUGGACGAAAUGACUGCAUUGUGGACAAAAUCCGGAGGAAAAAUUGCCCUGCAUGUCGCCUCCGAAAGUGCUAUCAAGCUGGGAUGAUGCUUGGAGGCAGGAAGUUGAAGCGUUUUGGGGCCUUGAAAGCCUUGGGUCUGGCAUCAUCCCUGAUGUUCCAGUCCCACUUGGCCAUGUCCAACGACAGUCAGGCCCUGACCUCCAUGUCUUGCAUACCAGGCAUCCGUGAGGUGCAGCUCACCCAACAGAUCAUCAGCAUCCUGGAAAACAUUGAACCAGAGGUCGUGUACUCUGGUUACGACAACUCCCAACCCGAAGCACCCCAUCUUCUACUCACCAGUCUCAACAGGCUGUGUGAGAAGCAACUGCUGUGGAUUGUCAAGUGGUCCAAGUCUUUGCCAGGCUUUCGUAAUCUUCACAUCACUGAUCAGAUGACCCUCAUCCAGUACUCGUGGAUGAACCUUAUGGUGUUCUCGCUUGGGUGGCGCUCCUUUCAGAACGUCACCAGUGAAUAUUUAUAUUUCGCACCCGACCUGGUUCUUAGUCAGGAGCAAAUGAUGAGAUCUCCAAUUUACGACCUCUGUCUGGCAAUACAGUUUAUUCCUCAGGAAUUUGCAAAUCUUCAAGUUACCCGUGAGGAGUUUCUGUGCAUGAAAGCCAUAAUACUACUCAACACAGUGCCUCUUGAGGGACUGAAAAGUCAGGCAGCAUUUGAAGAGAUGAGACAAAACUACAUCCGGGAGCUGACCAAGGCUAUCCAUAUGAAGGAGAAGGGCAUGGUGGCCAGCUCGCAGCGAUUCUACCACCUCACCAAACUGAUGGAUGCCAUGCAUGAUAUAGUGAAGAAGGUCAACCUGUUCUGCCUGAGCACCUUCAUCCAGGCAGAUGCCAUGAAAGUGGAGUUUCCAGAGAUGAUGUCAGAGGUCAUUGCCUCCCAGCUUCCCAAGGUCCUGGCAGGCAUGGUGAGGCCACUCUUAUUCCACACCAAGUGACGAUGCCAGCACAGACAUCAUGACUCUGUGGAGACAUCUUGUGCCUGGAUUAUUCACCCCAUUAUUACAAAUGUAGCUAGUCAUCUGUAUUUUGCCAAACUGCCUCUACUGUUCUUUAUGAGGUGAACUAGAAUGGACAUGUUAAGUAUGUUUUUUUUUUUCAAGAAGAGAAAGGCAUCAGUUUAUAAAGCUCUGUAUAAUGCUGGUGUAGCCACCCUCUCCCAUCCUACAACUUGUGUACGGAUGGUACUUACUAGCUGAUAUACAGUAGAUUUUGAGAACCCCUGGAGAUACAGAUAGUUUUUUUUACUGACACUGUAAAAAAAAAAAAAAGAGAGAGAGAAAUGAAGAGAAAAGAGAAAAAAUCAAACAUAAAACAAAUAAAACAAACAUAAAUAGUCAGUGUUUCUCACCAAAAAUGUAUUCCUAAUAAAGGAGAAUUUCAGAAGGCACUGAAACCUGGCACUUAAACUAAUUCAGUUAUUUUAGGGUUAACAGCAGAGUGACUCAAAGCACUUGCCUCAGGGAGGAGAAACUAGGAAGGCAACUACCUUUAAAAAAAAUGACUACGAACUACAAAGAACUCAGUUAGUAUACAUCUCUGCCAACACUGCACAAUGCCUUUAAUGUGUUAUUUUUAUAAGAGAGUAGAGAUUAUAAAAUUUUAAAUCUGAAUCUGGAUCUGCACAAAAAUACACCACACAAUGACAGAUGUGAAAAAGAUGCAGGUGACACAUUUAAUUCAAGUGACUGCAACAAUUCAUGAAAAAAUGAAGGAAAAAAAAUAGCAAAGAUGUUCAAAGUAUGUCAUAAUGUUAAGAAUACUUUUUAAAAAUGGAACAACAUUCCGAUGUGUAAUCACAUCUUCUUUGUCCCAUGAUCUCACUUUACACCAAAUUCCACUUUAGUCAGUUAAUAUUUUUCGAGUUCCUGCUAACAAACAGGACAAAUGUGACCUAAAUCAUAAAAAAAAAAAAAUCAAUCACAUUAACUAUGGAUACGAAGGAUAUCAGUCAGUCUAAUCCUAGAAUUUUUUAGGUGAAAAACACAACCAUGUCUAAAAGUAGGGACACAGAGACGCAUGCAUUUUACAUUCAAACAGUUAAUAUACUUAGAGGGCACUCACUAUUUUAUCUUACUGUUUUAUGUGUUGAAUUUAGUGAGCACACUAACUGUGACAAAGAAUUUGGAUCACAGGUCUAAUAAACCACACGUUUUAUUUAUAGACAUGUUUAUGCACCGUCAGAACACAGCAGAUGAUUGCAAGGAAACAAGCUUGCCAUAUAAAAAAGGAUGCCAAAUGUUACAUAUUCAGGAUAUGGUUUGUCAUUUCCGUGAUUUGCUCCUCCAAAUUCAGACUGUUAGGGAGUAUUAUUCUAGCAUCACUGUUCAAGGCCACUUCACAUUCUUAAAGAUGUAAAUGGAAAAGAACAUCCUGAUCUUGGCAAGUGCAAGAUCUCAAAUACCUUCCCAGAUACAUUUUUUUUUAAAUUUCUUUUUGCCAUGAGACAAAGUCUUACUUUGGAAUGACUUUUCAGUUUGUAACUGAAGAACAAAAAGGUUGUUGAUUUUUUUUUUUUUUUUUCAUUUAGCUUUUUCUGAAAUAGUAUCACUUUUAAGAUAAUUAUAGACUUUGUAUUUUGGAAAUGUUGUGACAGUAAUAGAAAAUUAAAUAUUAAACAGCAUAUUUACUAUAAUAUAAUCUGAUACAUGUCUAGUUGUCAUUACUAGUACACCAGUGUACCAGUGAGUACAGUACCACAACAGGCAUUAAAGGUGAAGGUUCACCUCAUGAACAUAGCAUUCAUGACAUCAUAAAAACACAUUUUUACAUAUGGUAUAUAUUUGAUGUGAUAAUUUAUAGUAAUAGACAGUAAAAAGAACUAAAUAUUUUUGAUUAGCAACUACAGAAGAACUUAUGAGCAAUGAUGUACAGUACAGUACUGUGUAGCUAACCAGAAAGUGCACUGCAGCAGUGAGCAGGUUCAGUGGUUGAACAAUGAUCACAGGCCAUAAUUAUGUAAAAUAAAGUAAAGGUGCAAACCCAUUAUGCUUUAUCUAAUAGAUUAGAUUUAAAUCACAGUUUGUUCAAUUACAGUUAAUAGAAGAUGUUUAUGAAACUACAUAUUUCCAUUAACAACUUAAUGAAAGUGUUGAUAUACUGGGAAGUUGACAGAAUAACAUAUUUCUCAGAAUAAAACUUGUGAAAUGGUA